UGAAUUGUCAUUUUCAUAUUCGGUUUGGUAUCUUGUGCUACGAUAGGCUGUAUUUUGUGUUCAACGAACAAAGAGAAAUACUGGUGAUAUCGAUAUUGUUUAAUUGAAAACAUUUACUGUACACAAAUUAGAGUACAUUUAGCUAAUAAACUAAUCACUAGCAUCAGCAAUUAUGGAACAGGUUAACCAGUUAAAGGAAAAAGGUAACGAGGCGCUGUCUGCCGGUAAUUACGAUGUCGCGAUAAAGUGUUAUACGGAUGCUAUCGCUUUAGACUCGAAUAACCACGUUCUGUAUAGCAACCGGUCUGCCGCUCACGCUAAGGCAGGGAAAUACGAUGAGGCCCUCGAAGAUGCUGAAAAAACAGUGGCUCUUAACCCCACUUGGGGCAAAGGGUAUUCUAGAAAGGGUUCAGCACUCGCUUUCCUAGGUAGAUUCGAUGAAGCAAUCGCCGCUUACGAAUUAGGACUGAAACACGAGCCUGGGAAUCAGCAGUUGGUGUCAGGGCUAGAGGAGGUGCGUGGUCAGGCUGGCAUGCUCAAGGAGUUCAUGCAGAGACUGGAGAAUGAUCCGGAAUGUAGGGAGUGGAUGAAGGAUCCAGAAUACAUGAAAUUAGUAAUGUCAAUUGCAUCAAACCCCUUUGAUACCCGCAAUAUAUCUAAAAACAAAGACAAGCGCUUCCCAAAAACCCUUGGUCAUUACCUUGGUAUCAACCUCAAAGGUGGUGACUGGCCUAUGGAUGUAGACCCACCAGCACCAGAGAAAAAGCCAACACCUCCACCAGAGAAUCAGGAACCUCCUAAACCCAAAUAUGAUGAUUUACCAGAAAACAGAAGACUUGCUUUACAAGAAAAAGAUCUAGGCAAUGAAUGUUAUAAGAAGAAGGACUUUGAUGCUGCUAUUUCACACUAUAGGAAAGCUAUUGAACAUGAUUCUUCAGAUAUCACAUUUUAUACAAAUAUGGCUGCAGUUUAUUUUGAGAAAAAGGAAUAUGAAAAAUGCAUCAAGGAAUGUGAGAAAGCCAUUGAGAUUGGAAGGGAGAAUAGAGCUGAUUUUAAGUUAAUAGCUAAAGCCUUUACCAGAAUUGGUAAUGCAUAUAAAAAAAUGGAGCAAUGGAAGUUGGCAAAAACUUACUUUGAAAAAUCCAUGUCUGAACAUCGAACACCAGAGAUCAAGACUCUUCUGAGCGAGGUUGAGAAGAGAAUCGUGGAGGAGGAGCGGAAAGCCUACGUUGACCCUGUGAAGGCUGAACAAGAGAAAGAAUUGGGCAAUGAUUACUUUAAGAAAGGUGACUACAGCAAUGCAGUAAAACACUACACAGAAGCCAUAAAGCGCAACCCAGAUGAUCCCAAACUGUACUCCAACCGUGCGGCCUGCUACACCAAGCUGGCGGCAUUCGACCUGGGCCUUCGGGACUGCGACACCUGCUGCAAGCUGGACCCUAAGUUCAUCAAGGGCUGGAUUAGGAAGGGGAAAAUCCUGCAGGGCAUGCAACAGCCGUCAAAGGCGCUGACCGCUUAUCAAAAAGCGCUGGAGCUGGACCCCAGCAACGCGGAGGCGCUCGAAGGAUACAGAGCAUGCUCAACGCAGCUCAACUCCAACCCUGAAGAGGUGCGCAAACGUGCGAUGGCCGACCCUGAAGUGCAAGCGAUCCUGCGCGACCCCGCCAUGCGCUGCAUCCUCGAGCAGAUGCAACAGGACCCGCACGCUCUGCAAGACCAUCUCAAGAACCCAGACAUCGCCGCCAAAAUCCAGAAGCUUCUCGAAUCUGGCCUCAUUGCUAUACAUUAACUAGGUCACCUACUACUAGGAUUUAUUCAAUGCGUGUUGGGAUUCUGCCUCAACAAACAUGUGGCCUUCCGUGCCUGAAGGGUCCUUAUGUUUACGUGCAAUAAGAACUAAUUUCUUUGUGGGAAUAUCAUAUGAUAAAAUUAUUGAUCUUAAAGCAUAAGGCAUAUGAAGUUCCUUCCGGCAUUUGUCCGUAUUUGCCUAAAUAUUGGUGUUGCAUCUCCUCCCUUAAUAUCGAAGUGACGCCAGCCAUAUUUGUGCAAUUACGAGAGCCAAGAGUGUUGCGGGCAAGACGCUUAUGGCAAAAUCACCUGCCAGGUCUAAACACAACAUCAGCAUUUCGAAAUCCGUUUUUUUUAAUAUCCACUUUUCUUCGUCAUGUGAAAUCUAGGCGCAGUUGAAAUAUUUGGUAAUUUUGAUGUUGUGCUUAGACUUUAGAAGUCUGUAACGUGUUAUAUUAUCCCAACCUAGUUUUACGAGUCCUAUAUGCGUGUUUCCGCCAUUCGUAUUCUCACUUAAGGAAACUAAAUGUAUUUAUAAUGUUCUUCUUCAUAUCUACCGGAAGUCCCAGUUAAUUAAAUAUUGUUGCGUUUAUCUGUUGAUCUGUGAUUUUUUAUUCACAAAGUUUGCUUCUAAAUGUUAGAACCAUUCCAAAGUACGCUUUUCCAGUAGAUAUUGUCUUAAAUAACACAUCGGCGCUGGUUAUAUUGAUUUUUUAUUUUAGCGUAUUGUAUGAAGGAUAUGAUUUAUGCAUAUUAUGUACUGCCUUAACAAUUCAAGGGAAAUAUAAAUUACACCAUUUUUGUAAUUUAUUCAAUAAAGAAUGUAGGCAAUAAA